CCAUUCCACUUCCGUCCUCAUCCCACCGCAUGGCCAUGGGCACCUUCCCCUUCCAGUGGCCCAUGGACCCUGCGCCGUCCGCCGGCCUCGACGGCAGCUUCCUGCCCUCUCUUCUCCCGCCUCCUCCGGCGCCGGCGGCAGGUUCCGACGACAGCGUGGCGUACUACGGCGCGCCGCAAAUGCACGCCGCCUCUCUGCCCGACCUCGCGCCGCACUUCCCGUCGCGCGACGCCGCCGCCGCGGAGCUCGCCAUGCGACGCGCGGAGGAGGAGGUCGCCGGCAUCCGCCUGGUCCACCUCCUCAUGAGCUGCGCGGGCGCCAUCGAGGCGGGCGACCACGCGCUCGCCUCCGCGCAGCUGGCCGACGCCAACGCCUCCCUCGCCGCCCUCUCCACCGCCUCCGGGAUCGGCCGCGUCGCCGUCCACUUCACCGACGCCCUCUCCAGGCGCCUCUUCUUCUCACCUACCAGCCCUCCGCAACCGCCAGCAGGCACCGACGCCGCCUUCCUCUACCACCACUUCUACGAGGCGUGCCCCUACCUCAAGUUCGCGCACUUCACGGCCAACCAGGCCAUCCUCGAGGCCUUCCACGGCUGCGACGCCGUGCACGUCGUCGACUUCAGCAUCAUGCAGGGCCUGCAGUGGCCGGCCCUGAUCCAGGCCCUGGCGCUCCGCCCGGGCGGCCCGCCGUUCCUCCGGAUCACCGGCAUUGGCCCGCCCUCCCCGCCCGGCCGCGACGACCUCCGCGACGUCGGCCUCCGCCUCGCCGACCUGGCCCGCUCCGUGCGCGUCCGCUUCUCCUUCCGCGGGGUCGCCGCCAACACCCUCGACGAGGUCCAGCCCUGGAUGCUCCAGGUCUCCCCCGGCGAGGCCGUCGCCGUCAACUCCGUGCUCCAGCUCCACCGCCUCCUCGCCGACCCCGACGACCACCACCACCACCACCACGCCCCGAUCGACGCCGUCCUCGACUGCGUCGCCUCCCUCCACCCCAAGAUCCUCACCGUCGUCGAGCAGGAAGCCGACCACAACAAGCCCGGCUUCCUCGACCGCUUCACCGAGGCGCUCUUCUACUACUCCGCGGUGUUCGACUCGCUCGACGCCAGCGGCACGGCCAGCCCCAUGGCGGAGGCGUACCUGCAGCGGGAGAUCUGCGACAUCGUCUGCAACGACGGCCCCGCGCGGGCCGAGCGCCACGAGCCGCUCUCGCGGUGGCGGGACAGGCUGGCGCGCGCCGGUCUCAGCGCCGUGCCGCUCGGCCCCAGCGCGCUCCGGCAGGCCAGGAUGCUCGUCGGGCUGUCCUCCGGCGAGGGCCACUCCGUCGAGGAGGCCGACGGCUGCCUCACGCUCGGCUGGCACGGCCGCCCGCUCUUCUCCGCGUCCGCCUGGCAAGCGUGCCCCGCCGUCGCCGUCGACGGCGGCGAAGAAGACAACCCGCACAACAGCAAUACCAGCAACGUUAGCAGUAGCGGUGGCGAUGGCGGCGGUGACAGUAAUAACAGCGCCGGCAGCAGCAGCAAUGGUAAAUCAAGGAGCAGCGGGGUUGUUGGCGCUGCUGGCAACAUGUUUUUGUAAAUCGCGGGAAAACCGCCACCGUAAAUUACAGCCCGAGAAUCUCAAAUGACAUGAAACCUCCACCGAGUUUA